GCAAAAUAUGUAUUUCUGACAUCAGAGUGAUUAAUCCGGCGAAGAUACUUCGAUGUACUCAUGCAAUUACAUCUUUUGAGAAUUAAGCAUCUAGGAGCCUGUGCUUACCAAUCAAUUGGUACAGUGAAACACAGCAAGGCAACGAUAGCGAGGAGACCUGCAGUCUCGCUUUAUUUCUGGAUAUUGGUAUCUCUCUACCAUGUCAUAUCCACAGUUUGGAUAUCCGUACUCGUCUGCACCCCAGUUCCUGAUGACCACCAAUUCUUUGCCCACUUGCUGCGAAUCUAGCGGCAGGACUCUUUCUGAUUCCGCUGUAGCAGCUUCUGCCCAAACGCCAGUUUAUUGCCCGGUUUAUGACAGCAGACUUCUGGCCACUGCCAGACAUGAGCUUAGCUCAGCAGCGGCUCUGGGCGUAUAUGGAAACCCCUACACAACCAGCCAAGGCUACGGGAACUACGUUACUUAUGGUACCGAUGCCUCCGCUUUCUACUCUCUGGGUACGUUUGACACAAAAGAAGGAACAGCGUCUGCGCAUGCGGGGAUCACACAAGCUGCUGCUUACUAUCCUUACGAUUCUACCUUGGGGCAGUAUCAAUACGACAGAUAUGGAUCUAUGGAUGGAGGGACAAGAAGAAAAAAUGCAACUCGUGAAACGACGAGUACAUUGAAAGCUUGGCUCCAGGAGCACCGGAAAAACCCCUACCCCACCAAAGGAGAAAAGAUCAUGCUGGCUAUCAUCACAAAGAUGACCCUCACACAGGUCUCCACGUGGUUCGCAAAUGCCAGGAGGAGACUCAAAAAGGAGAACAAGAUGACAUGGCCCCCAAGAAACAAAUGUUCCGAUGAGAAGAGAUAUGACGAUGAGGAAGAGGUGUCUCAAGAGGAACAAAUGAAAAGCGAGAGCAACGACGAUGAGAACCGGAGUGGUGAAGAUAAAGAUCUACAACUAAGUGAUCUGGACGAUUUCGAUACGAUUGAGUCGGAAAGCUCUGAAUGUGAGUUGAAGCACCAGUUUCACAUGAACACCCACAUGGCAACAACUGAGAGUCCGAAUGAUCACCUGAAAGAAACACCCUUAAAGAUAUCUAUCCCGAUUUCCCUCGAAGCGGAACAGGACUUAACCAAAAGUUGCUUGAAAACGGUUCCGGAAGAUUGUGAAGACGAUGUCACGAACAGCAGGCCGACAAAAACGUGCUUCCAACAAGGUCACCAAAUACUAGAAAGUAAACCUAGAAUAUGGUCUCUCGCUCAGACUGCCACUUCUUUAAACCAAACUGAAUAUCCAUCAUGCAUGCUCAGAUGUCAACCGACCAUGCCCUCUUCCCCGGCGGCAUCCUCUCCUGUAAACGUUAUUGACAGACAACAGGAUUCGCCCGUCACAACGCUCAGAAACUGGGUAGAUGGGGUAUUCCACGACCCUUUAUUUCGACAUAGCACUUUGAAUCAGGCAUUGACCAAUACAACAGUUUCUUGGACCACGACCAAAGGUGCUAUACUGGAGACAGGUUCCCUCGGACGCUCUGUUGGAAACAUGAUAAAGGGACAUAUUCCUUCUCUACAGCAUCAAGAUUCUAAUACGGAUAGUAUGACCUUCCCGAAAACAGGGAACAAAAUGUACUGUGCUUAACAAACCAAAACCCCGCGUGAGAGACUAAAGAAUAGGGUACUCUGGGAUGUACUCUUGAAAACGAAAAAUCAGAAAUGCAUUUCCUGAAUACAAGGAUGUCUUCGGUGAUGCUGGGAUCACAUUUAUAUUUGAUUAGUCGAAAAGAUACUUAUGCAUUGUUAUAUUGACAUUUCACUAGUGGGACUCCCAAAUGGGUAUCAGUUUGAAAAUAUUUAUUUUCCAUUAAAAAGCACGUAAGAUGUAUGUAUAUGUAUAAUUGAAAGUUUACAUUUGACUAAAAAGUUUACAAAACAGGAUUUGUUUAUCGUACGGCAUGCAGAUGUUAAUAAUUUCCUUAAUAUUGUUUAGAGCUCUGUCAUUAUUUACCGAUGUCACUGUUGCAAAGUAUCACACAACUGCACAAGUUUUCCUAAAUUUGGAAGGAUAUGUUUAAAGUUGUUCACUUAAAUAAAAGGUCUGUUUUGGAGGAAUGGCUGUGGUCUGACUGCGUUACAAAGGUUUGCUAUCCGUGGUGCUGAAAUGGAUUGGAUUUCGAGGGCAGUUCAGCGGAUGCUAAGUAUAAAGCAUAUAAUUUGGUACAUAAAAUGUUUAAACACUUUUAUUAUUCAUUCAUGUCAUGCAUAAUUUGUAAUGAAUUUUUC